AUGCCUUCUUCUUCUUCUUCUUCUUCCUCUUCUUCCCCCAUUGAUGGAACCUUGCGAUCGGAGGAGGGAGAAGAUCUUCGUGAUCAAGUAGGAGUUUCGUAUUCUUCAUGUGGAUGUUUCUUCGGAUUUCGAUCCAGACUGUCUCGUGUUCGAGGCGGGUAUUUACCGCUGCAAUCCAAUCGGAAGACCGAAGAAGUGAAGCAGCACCAGAGUUGGAUGAUGACCAAGGUGAAGAGAUUGAACGAGAUUAUAAAAGCUGUGGCAGGGCGGAAGUGGAGAAGUUUGAUUAAUGGAAUAAUUAACAAGAGACGGAGUGUGAGGUUUCAGUACGAUCCCAGGAGUUAUGCUCUGAAUUUUGACGAAGGGAUCGAGGAAGAAGCACGCCAUACUCUCCACCCGAUCGGACUGGGGAUUGGAAUGAACAGAAACCAAAUAUGA